CGAGCUGCUUGAAAAAUCUCUCAGCUUAGGAAUUGGAUCCUCGGAGUCCGGAUUAAUUACAACUUUCCAGGUAAAAUGGUAACCUUAGCCUUUUCGUGGGGAUGGUCAGUGAAUGAGCUGAGACUUAAAGGGAUGGGCAUUUUGAACUUCAUGUUUAUUUUUAAUAUGUGCGAUGUAUCUUCGACAAGGGGCACAACAGGUGGUGGUUAGAUCAAGCAAGAUACGUAGCGGGAGACCAGGAACAUAUCGCUCGAUAGCGGCAAGCUUAAAUUCAGAGGGAGAUUUAGAAUCCGAAAGACUAAUGAACGGACCAGGAGAUUUAUGGUGAAUGGAGGACUCUGUGGCAGGCCCAGGGCUAUGAAAGCACAGCUUCCAAAGCAAGCAGGGCUCGCAUGAACACAUGAGGCAUGCAAGAGAGAAAGUGAGAGGUAAAAAGGAGGAGGUGAAGUCAGGACCGGGUUAUGUGAUGAGCCUGUGAGUUAUGGGCACAGUUCAUGGAACAGGAGCCGGUCUGUGUAAAUCUCAUUGAAAUUUCCCAUUCAUUUCAAUGCGGCUUCUGCAGAAUAUCCUGCCUGUGAACUUUGCUCAGCAUCACUUUUCUGUCAGACAUGCUACUAACCCAGGAACCUGAGAGGAUGGUUUCUCAAGUGGCACAUUUAUCCUUUAGGGAGGUUUUUUUCCCCCCUUAACAAAGUGUUUUUCAGUUACUACCUUAACUGACAUAGUGACUUGACUUCACGAGGUUCUCUCUCGAGCAGAAUGCCACACUCACUCACAGAUCACAAACUGCACUUGCAAAUGGCAAUACAUCUCCCACAUGAAAUUAAAAAACCUGUUCGAGUCUGGAUAGAGAUUAAACAAUUAUGGAACAUAAGACGGCAUGGAAACAACUUUGAAUGAUUAUUCCAGAGGGGUAGCCUUGUUACAGUCUUUUCUAGCAAAACACUCUCUCUCUCUCUCUCUCUCUCUCUCUCUCUCUCUCUCUCUCACACACACACACACACACACACACAGAGUUUUCUGUGGCACCUUAAAAAUAAAGGCAGUAAUCUAGCCUCACUUACUUGGGAGUAAGCUCCAUUGGCUUCAAUAGGACUGACUUUUCUGUAGACCUUGUUAGGAUUCCAACGUAAUCUGUUUCUAUUGUCACAUAAAGCUUUUGAGGACACCUAGUGGUCGCUAUAAAAAACUAAGGUUCAGGGGACUGGGUGUCAUAAAUAAGAGCAGAGAGAAGGCCGUGUUCUGUCAGCUUUACAGGUGAACUACAUGCUAAGCUUCUUUCAGCUGUUAAGUGGCUGGUUUGAAUAGACAGCCUGUGAGAGGUGACACCCAAACCUGGCAUUCCAGAUAUUUGCCUGAAUUAUGUGCCUUGGAAACUCCAGAGCUAGUUUUGGGAAAAGAAGUGGUGGCAAGGACCAUUAUUAGGGAGCGGGUGAAAUAUUUUGGACAGCACCUGUUGCCUAUACGGCUUCCACUGUAAGAGGCAGUCCCAAACUUCUUUGAGCUCUUUGGUGGUGGAGCAAAAUACGAAUGUCAGAAACAAAAACUAACUACCAUAUUUUUUGCUCUAUAAGAUGCACCAGACCGCAAGACGCACCUAGUUUUUGGAGCAGGAAAACAAGAAAAAAAAUAUUCUGAAUCUCAGAAGCCAGAACAGCAAGAGGGAUCGCUGCACAGUGAAAGCAGCAAUCCCUCUUGCUCUUCUGGCUUCUGGGAUAGCUGCGCAGUCUGCAUUCGCUCCAUAAGACACACACACAUUUCCCCUUACUUUUUAGGAGGGAAAAAGUGAGUCUUAUAGAGCAAAAAAUACGGUAAGUGUCUGAAGAUUUUCACUGACGGAAAGGUCUUUACUCUGGUUUCUGGUUUUAAUGUAGCAUGUGCCAUGUUUUUGGUACUCAACGUCUUCUUUUCCUCAGAGGGUAAAAUGAAAAAAAGUUGGGAACUAUCCUCCCCCAUCAGAAACCUCAUAGUUUGUUUGUUUGGUGGUUCUUUCUGCAGCAUUCCUGCUAUGAUUUCUACACAGCACCAGUUCUUCCUUAAAGCAGACAAAGGAAUAAUGGAGGACGAGGAACACCUGGAGGAAGGAGACAAUGGCUGCUCCCUUGCAUCUGACUCAGGUUUUCCUUUAAAGACAGUAUCGCUUUCGCCCACUCAACCCUACGCAAGUUUUCCCCCCCUAAAUCAGUUACUCUCAUUAGCUCCCAAGUAUUAAAUAAGCAAUGCAGUUGUCAUUUAUGAGUCUUUGGGAACACUUGUCCUUUAUGUUUUCAACGAGGACGUGGUAACGCACAAUGCAAUUCACGACACCAGCCUCCGCACAUUUAUUCAGUGGUUAUUCUGCGUAGGAUUGCUGAUUAAGUGUUUUAUGCUGCUAGAAAGUAAGGAACAGCUGAAUCAAAUUUAUUUAAGAUCAUUUAAAUGGUUUUCAGGGAAAUCAGGGGGGGCUUGAGGGCAGCCUGCCUUGAACCCUUCCAGGCAUGCCGAUACUCAAAUUUUGGGCUGAAUUUGCCAAGUGAUGCCAGGAUGACUGUGUUUAUCUCAGACAGUGGUCUACUAGGAGGAGUUCUUUCUUUGAAGGACUGUCCACACCAAGUUUUAAAAUAAAUAAAAGACAAGAAGGAAGAGCAGGGCUUUGUCAACUGUUAGCUCCUGUGUUGCAGAAUGAAUAGGCAGAUGGGUCUACAGCCAGAACCUUUCCAUUUGUGAUGAGAUGUAUUUAAAUUACUUGUCGUUGUUGUUAAUUUUUUGUACCCUGCCCAUCUGACUGGGUUGCCGCAACUACUCUGGGCAGCUUCCAACAUGAUAUACAAUAGCACAACAACAUCAUAACGGAACCGAGCACAAUUCAAAGUGUUAGUGCCUUCCUUUAAAGCCCUAAACGGCUUUGUUCAGCCCGAACACUGAGGUCCAGCGCUGAGGGCCUUCUGGCGGUUCCCUCGCUGCGAGAAGCCAAGUUACAGGGAACCAGGCAGAGGGCCUUCUUGGCAGUGGCACCCGCCCUAUGGAACACCCUCCCACCAGAUGACAAAGAGAAAAACAACUACCAGACUUUUAGAAGACAUCUGAAGGCAGCCCUGUUUAGGAAAGCUUUUAAUGUUUAACAGACCACUAUAUUUUAAUACUUUGUUGGAAGCCACCAUUAUUAUUAUUAUUAUUAUUAUUAUUAUUAUUAUUAAAAAUGUCCCGAUAUAGGGCUGCCUUCAGAUGUUUAUGGAAGGUUGCAUUUACAGCAAAUCUUUCUGAUUUUGCACCUAUAUAUAUAGCUUAGCAUAUGCAAAUCCAUGCCCUCUUUUGGGAAAGGCUGCAUGACAUUAUAUUUGGCAAUGCAGAAGUGGCUACCGUUAAGAUACCAGCUUUGAGAUGGGUCUACAUAAACAUAUUUUUGUGUCAGCGUAUUGCAGUGAACUGUAUAGGCACGCCAAGAUUUGCAGCUCUUUGUGAGACUUUUUACAAAGAUUGGCUUUCUAAGCACCCGCAACAAAGCACAGCCCAUUUUGUUUAAAUUCCUGAACACUCUUACGUUCACAGAUGACUAUUGCUGACCUCUCUCCCCACAGGGCUGCCCCGCGUGUUCAAAAUAUUACAGAAAUGGGUUCCUAAGGCCUCUCCCUAUUUUGACAAAGAACAUUACUGCUACGCUGGCCACCAAAUCACCAUUCAAGAGUCCAUUGAAAACUUCGGAGCCGUAGUAUGGCCUGGCGUAAGUUUCACACAGGGGAAAUAACACCUCGCGAGUAAGCUUCUGUAAGAUAAUGGAGCGUCUCGCUUUCCUUGAUAACUUGUUUUAGGAUCUUAAGAGCUGGAAAGGGUCAUCAGAAGGCUAUGUCAGCCAAGCCACUGCUUUUCCAUUGCUAGUGUUGCUUAUGGCCUAAGGUCUCAGCACAUUUAUGGGGGUAAAAGUCAACCCUCUGCCCAUAGAGAGCAGAGAGUUCAUUGUGCACCCGAUACUGGAUAUGUAGUUAACCCACUGAGCAAGAUAACACUGUGUUCUGAACCUCCAGGAUAGAUUAAAUGGAUUCAUUGUAUCUAUGGCUUUACACGGUUGCAGCUGUGAUACCGCUGCAUGGUUAAUCAAUGCUACAUUAGUACUGAAUAAGGCUGGGCGAUAUCUGCUUUCCAAAAUCAUAAUAUACCACCAGCUAAACCCUGCCAACCUAGCAGUUCGAAAGCACGUCAAAGUGCUAGUAGAUAAAUAGGUACCGCUCCUGUGGGAAGCGUUUCUGUGCGCUGCUCUGGUUCGCCAGAAGCGGCUUAGUUACGCUGGCUACAUGACCCGGAAAAACUGUCUACGGACAAACGUCGGCUCCCUCGGCCAGUAAAGCGAGAUGAACGCUGCAACCCCAGAGUCGUUCGCAACUGGACUUAACUGUCAGGGGUCCUUUACCUUUUUUAAAAAACCUUUGCAAUAUGGAGGUAUAUUACCUUGCCAGAAAGGAAGCGGAGAAGUCUGUUGUGGGCCAUGGAGACAAUUAGUCUCACUGUGCACAGCUUCUGCCUCUCUGUCGGGCCUGGAAGGGCAGCGUGCAUUAGCCUGGUCGCCGCAUAGCAGGGCACCGCAGAGCUUCCCUGGAACUGCCAGCCGCGGCUUGCCUCGAUGAUCUCUCGCCAUGCAGCUCCCGGAAGUGCCACUUCCUUCCCCCCACUAUUUGUAUCUCCCUGACAGGUAAAUGUGUAACCCCAUCAAGAGCAGGCGAUCUCCCACCCCACUGGUCUAGGGAACCACCAACAGUGCUUCCGACUUAUCUGGAUUGAGUUUCAGUUUGCUGGCUCUCAUCCAGUCCAUUACCGAGGCAAGACACUGGUCCAGCACUUCCACUGCCUCACCUGCAGAUGUCCCUCAUCCAUGAUCUGAUUAUGGAGGAGGAGGCUGAUCUGGCAUGUAUUCCUGAAACCAGGGUGGGGGAUCGGAAAUUCCAAAACUGCUCUUGUGACUUUAAAUUCAAAUAGCCAGGGUGAUGUAUCGAUAUAUUGCCUGAAACCUUAGUACUGAGCGCAGUAAGGAGGAAAAAGCACUGGGGAGGCUGAAGGGAUUAAUCCAUCACAGCCCAGCCUUCCCCCUUUCAUCAUUUGCUUUUGGACUGAGCUUGGAUUGAGGGCAUCAGAGGGCAUCGUCGGUGAUUUCGCAUGCUGAAAUCAUGGGAUGCACAUACACACACACACUAUUGCAGCUAGAUUAGGUUCUAAACAUUAAAAAGGUAAAGGGACCCCUGACCAUUAGGUCCAGUCAUGACCGACUCUAGGGUUGCGGCACUCAUUUCACUUUAUUGGCCGAGGGAGCUGGCGUUUGGCCGCAGACAGCUUCCGGGUCAUGUGGCCAGCAUGACUAAGCCACUUCUGGCGAACCAGAGCAGCGCACGGAAACGCCAUUUACCUUCGCGCCAUUUACUUCGAGCGGUACCUAUUUAUCUACUUGCACUUUGACAUGCUUUCGAACUGCUAGGUUGGCAGGAGCAGGGGCCGAGCAACGGGAGCUCACCCCGUUGCGGGGAUUCGCACUGCCGACCUUCUUAUCGGCAAGUCCUAGGCUCUGUGGUUUAACCCACAGCGCCACCCAUGUCCCUUUUGCCACCUCCCAAACUCUGAAGACAAAUUUAUUUUUUUUAGGCUCUUGCUCUGUGUCAGUACUUGGAAUCAAAUCAACAGGAAAUCAGUCUCCGAGACAAGAAGUUACUUGAACUGGGAGCUGGGACAGGCCUGGUGUCCAUUGUGGCAAGUAUACUAGGUUGGUAAUUUGCUAAAGAGUAUUGUGUGUGUGUGUGUGUGGUUUUUUUUACUUCUUGCUGCACAUUUUACACACAGUUCCUAGCUACUCACAUUACCCAGUACUCUCUUGAGUCCCAAACAUUUGAAUAGCAUUUUGACAAUGCUGUCUACCCCAACCUUUAUAGACACAGCAUGCCAUACGAAGCCUAAAAUGGGCUAACAGCUUAACUUGUGAGUAACUAAUUACAAAAAGGAUUCUGAAAUCUAUUUGUUUUGUGCCUUACUUCAUUUAUCUGGCAAGGAAUAUAACCAAGUGCGGUAGGAAACACUCCAAAACAGGCUUUGAUAUCCCAAAAGAGAAUUGCUCCAUUUAUUAACCUGUAGGUGUUGCCCAAAUGACUUUGAUAGUCUGAAACAGAACCUUUCAAAAAUGUUCUUCAGACACAAAACUUCCAGCUCGCCUCAUCUAUAGUAAAUUCUCCUUGAAAAUGUGUCAGUGCAGUAAAUGGAUUACAGUGCUAGUCUUGGGAUUUCUAUGAUUUCUUCUAGCCAGAGGGUGUCCUGCAGUUUUAUCCAGAGACUGCAAUGGCUGCUUGUUCCUGCAGAGGACAGAAAGCCUAGCGAGUCAGUAAUGAUUACAUCACUGAACAGCAAAAAUGUAAACAGAGAACUGUCUUGCCUCUCUUCAGAUUAUCAAGGAAGACUAAUUAUUUUUAUUCUCUUUCAGGUGCUUUUGUGACAGCUACUGACUUGCCCGAGGUCCUUGAAAAUAUGGAGUUCAAUAUUUCAAGAAACACGCGCAACCUGAACGUUCACAAGCCCGAAGUAAGAAAGCUGGUUUGGGGAGAGAAUCUCCACGCAGACUUCCCCAAAUCAACCCAUCGCUAUGAUUUUAUUGUGGCUACUGAUCUGGUGUACCACCACACAGCUCUUGAAGCUCUGUUAGUCACCAUAGGCUACUUUUGUCAGCCUGGGACAAUCUUGUUAUGGGCAAACAAAUUCAGAUUCAGCACAGAUUACGAUUUUUUGGACAGAGUUGGCAACAUUCUCAAUAUCACGCAGCUAGCAGAAUUUCCAGAAUCAAAUGUCAAGUUGUUCAAAGGCACAGUAAGGGAAAAUUAAGAUCCGAAAGAGUGCCACAAUCUAGAACAGGUGCAGCCUAAAAGUUUACAAAGCGGUAGUUUUUAAAAGAUGUUACUUAGCCUCUUCUUCACAACAGCCUGGUGCAUUCAAGUUGGCUUUGGGGUUCUAUUUCCCAACAAUGGGUAAUCCUAAAAAGCAGGACCGUAUGCAACGGGGGUCAAAUAAGUGGAUUUUAGUAAAUGCUCUCCUACUCCUUAUGCAGCUGUUGCCCCAUAUGAUUAACAGAACAUGUUCAACCACCACCAAACUGCAUCCUUUUGGAGCUACCCACGAUGUUAUGCCCUAGGCUUUUCCAUAAAACUGAUUUAAUUGGACUUGAAAGCUUAACCCCACAUCCUGUUGCUAGAAACAGAAAGGAGAGAGGACCAUUUUACUCCGUAAAUCCCAUGUGACUACAGAAAGCAACUCCAGUAACAUGACUAAACUGUAGUGUAAUGAAGCCACAGCAUUUCAGAUUAAAAUGUAGGGUUGUGCUUCUACAAGGAUAAACCAAUUCCAGGUAAUGGGGCUACUAUGCUAUAGCUUUAUAGAGUCCUUUUAAAAGUCCUCUGGUUCUAUAAGCAGUGCCAAAUUGUUGUCUCAAUAACAGGCAUAUAUCAUAUACGCUGUGACCAAUAUUUGCUACAAUGCUGAAAUGUAACUUUUUACUCGGCCUCCAUGAAGUCAUAUAGACUAGAUUGUGUGUCCUCCCUCCAUCAGCUCUGCAAAUAGCAUUGAUUUCCUAACGCCUCCCUUUAGGUACUCUUGAAAAAAUUAGGACAGAUCUCAGCUUUGUUUAAUUGUUUUUAUUAUUAACAAAAUUAAAAGUAUGAGAGUGCGCACGUUUUUGAUCUUGAAAUUUGCACAUUUAUUUAGCAGUUUUACAUUUCCCUCCCCCAAAACAUUAUUAACAUAUCUGUAUGUAUAAGUUUUACAAUACCUGAUUUAAGUGUUAACUGACUGUUUAUACAUGUAUCAGUUUAUCCGAUACUCUGCAACACAUGGAUAUUUGAGAGCAUCUCUGAGUUGAAGAUAUUCAAGAGCACCUUUUGCACCAGCAAUUCAAAAUACAUUUGCAGUGAGUGUGAAAGUUUUUAAUUUUAAAAAAAUUCAAAAUGUAAACUCUUGCAAGUGAUACUGGUAAUUAUGUUCCAUUACUGUUAAGUCUAAUAAAUAAGGUUUUAGCUACUCCAAAGGAGCUUUUUUUUUUUAAGGCCUUCAUACAAUUGAAAACUUCAAUGUUAAAACCCUGCUCAUUGUAAAAAGAACCGCUUGUACAGGCUUGUGGUUAAAAUUACAAACAGUUAAGAACCACAUACACAUGCAAGAAACCUUCCCAUCUUCAUUUCCUAAUCCUUGGAGCUGGCUAUUUCGGAACACCCAUUGCCAGCAAUGCGAUGUAUGCAAAACAUUUUGUUCAUACGUUUUUAUUUCUAGGGCAACUAAGAGUUACACCCAGAAAUUAAAUAUCUAAGCCUAAAUAGGCUCCUUGAUGUCAGGAGCCGAACCCUCACACAACCCCCUUGUCCUCUGAUUAAUAACACACGAUAUAAGCAUUCAAUAAUGGAUGAAAACAUGCAUUCCAGUAAUAUAAUGUAUCUUUAUAUCCAAACAACGUAAGAACAUCUCAGAUUUACAAUGGCAGCAAUUUCAAAACACACAAUAAUCGGGUGGAUACAUCACGGGAAGCCAGUUUUCAGUGAAAGAUGCACAGUGUGUCCAUCCAAGUAACUUCAUUAGCUAAAGAAGAAAAAAAUUAAAGUACACUUUUACACCUUCCACGAUUAAACAAAGUCCACUAAAAAAUGUUGACUUUUUAAAAAACUGCUUUCUAUGAAGUACCAAAAGGGGAGGGGGGAUUACAUAUGCACACACCUGAUUCUCUACCUUUUUGGGGGAGCUGUAACCUUUUCAUAAACUACCAGAAAUGCCAACAAAACUUGCAUGCAGCCUUGAGUUAGCCUAGGUAAUAAUGGAGAUUACUUACCAGUAUGCAAUUCUUCAAGUUUUCUUUGGUAGGUUUCUCUUCCGCAAGCUUUGUUGCAAAUUUGAGACCUCGGCCGUACAUUUUAUUUACCAGGGCGUGCUUAUAGGCAAAUGGUAAAACCUACACGGGGUGCAAAAUAAAAGGUGAGAUUUGUAAGCCAGGCAAACAUCUCGGUCUCCAAAAUUCACCAGCCCCUGUUCUAUUUCAGACUUGACACCAGCAGUGCAAGAGGUUUGGGGAAGACAAGACCAUUUCACACCUAGGUGGCUGAAGCUGCCCUAACGUUAAUCAUUCCUUAAAGCUGCUAAAGCAAAAGCUGUGAGGCUGUAGGAUCCCUCCAAAAUUAAAUAUUUGUAAGAACAGAAGUUAUUUUACAUUGUACCAUCAGGCACUUUGCGGAGUUUGCAAGAGGACAGGUCCCAGGCCCUGAAGAGAUUACCAUUUCAAAUUCAACACCAGGGAAACAAGGCAACACUAUUUCAGCUACAUGUGCUUAACUUAAGCUUAGUUACAGGAAAGCAGCCAUUUCCAACACUUUGUUCUCCCGACACUUUGGGCUACAACUCCCAGCAGCUGCAUGAUUCACUGGGUUGGUGAAGGCUGCAACAGGCCCAAAGAACUAGGGGACCAGCCAGUGUGGUGUAGUGGUUAAGUGUGGUAUACUGUAAUCUGGUGAACUGGGUUCGAUUCCCCACUCCUCUGCAUGCAGCUGCUGGGUGACCUUGGGCUAGUCACACGUCUCUGAAGUCUCUCAGCCCCACUCACCUCACAGAGUGCUUGUUGUGGGGGAGGAAGGGAAAGGAGAAUGUUAGCCCCUUUGAGACUCCUUCGGGCAUGAUAAAGCGGGAUAUCAAAUCCAAACACAGAGGUGGAAGAGCCAAGAGGGGAAUCGUCAUUGCCUGGAUGGCGAGGCUUGCAAGUGGAAGGCUGUACAAAACCAUUUCUGGCCUGAUGUAGCAAGACAAUGCUUACACUUAUGAAAACAUUCACGAUUUUAAAAACUGGACUAUUUUUCUGCAGAUUUGAUUGUAUGCUUUUGUUAUCUACAGUAUGAAAAAUUGUAAGGCUUUUGUCAAAAAACAAACAAACAAACCCCACGAAGUUGGCUGUGGCGAAUGGCUGCAAUCCUACAAAUUUGCAUUAAAAACCAAUAAUGAGAGAUUUCAGUUAUUUUGUUGGCAUUCUCUGCUGUGUAUGAAUACACAGUUUAGGCGGCCAAAAUAAUAAUAAAAACCCCAAUGCUUUACCAAAGGCUAAAGUUGAGACUACAUAGAAAACCAGUCUCUAUAAGCAGCAUAGGAAGGAUUCCCUCCUCCAGUUAUAGGAAUCUAAUUUUGCUCCCCCAAUUCCAUAUACCUUGGUGUCAAACAGGUCAGUCCAUUUGGUUAUUUCCCAGAAAGUUUCUGCCAGAGCAUCCAAGCCACCCUCCUGGUGGUCAUCUUUAGAUUCUGCAACGCCUGACACAGCUCCUUCUUGGGCCUGAAACUGCAGGAUUUGGUCGGACAACGCACUUCCUUUCCGACAGAGAGCAUCCACUAAUGUAGAUUUCUGCUUGUCCAUCUCACUAAAUGGGAAGCACACAAGAGGAUGACAGCACUUGCAGUGAAGCAUGCCCUUUUUUAUAUAGAAAGAGUGUCCUGAGGUGCACAAACUGAAUAAUAAAUCAUUUAUAAUAGGUGUAUAUGCAGGGUCCCAUCCCCAUUACUCCCAAAUACUUCAACAACUGGUUAUUUUAUAUACAUGCCAAAACUUAACUAUCUAUUAUAUUUAGAUAACAAGAACACAAACUGCUAAGUUGCAAGGAAGACACAAGCACCCUAAAUAAAUAAAUAAAUAAAUAAUAGUUGAUUUUAUUUUGAUUAUGCAUUUUGUGAUUUUAUAUUUUGACUUUAUUUCUUGAGACCUGCAGGUAUAGGGCAGUAUAUAAAUUCAAUUAUUUACUAUUAUUAUUAUUAUUUGUGUGCCCCACCCGUCUGUUGCCCCAGCCACUUCCAACAUAUAU